UCGCCUUGACAGCAAGGAUAUGAUAAAGGCGAUCUUUGCUCUUUCACUCACCAAUUGGUGUGUUUGCAUUUCGAAAUAUAGGGAACAUUGCAAAAGGAAGCCACUGCACUCUUGACGCCUCACCGGAAUAAGUUGUGGGCUUGCCCAUGGGACAUGCGAAGGCAGAUGAAGUGACGGGUGGUGACUGAAGUGAGGAACUGAAUGUUUCUACCAAUACGGUGAAGGGAUCGGAGGCGGUUGGAUUCCGCUUUUCCAUCUUGUGUUCCUUUGAUAGGCUGGUCUUCUGUCACAACUGUAAGGAGAGGAACAAGAUGGUGGGUUUUGGGCUAGUCUGUCUGGGAACAUGGUUUCGGGUCAUCACUGGAUUCAUAGGAAUUUACCAAAUGAAUGGACUGAAAACAACACCAUUCACUAUUGGUGUGACGGCGUUGGUCAUCACCGGUAUUCUGAUAACACUGGUCGCUGUUCUCGGCAAUCAUGGCGCACGCAUGUAGCCGCAAUAAAUCUGCUCUUAAUGUGUUUUCUGGCCUGCUGUCCUUUCUGAUCAUCAUAAACAUCGCAGUAGGAGUGAUGGCCUUUGUGUGGCGUGGAGAAAUGUCAGACGGGUUGGCAAAGUUCUACAUCAAGAUCUACACUCAGUAUCCGCACACCAGGCGUAAUAAUGAAACCAUGGUUCUCAAACUAUUCCACAAAACUUUAGACUGCUGUGGCAUUGGUGGACCGAUUGAAGAGUCUGUGCUUGACACCUGUCCAGAAGGCAACUUCCCGAACCAGAUCACAUUUCCU